UUAGAACGCAAAGCAUUUUGAUAAUUAAAUAGAAAUGAACGGUAACGGUAAUUGAAGAAAUCUUCAAGCUCUCGUUUUCGGAAAUGCAAUUUACGUUUGUCGAGACAUUUUAAUUUCACGAAGAAAAAAUACGUCAUUAAAUCGAUAUAUAAAAAGGUCGGAAUCAGAGAACGAAACAUUAAACAUUUUGGCGCGUUGUUGCGAAUGUCGAGCCAUCGAAUUUGGAGGCCAAAGUGUUUUACAUUUUUUUCUCGCAGAAAUUACAUUGAAGUUUAAAAACUAUGAAGUCACAAACAAAAUUUAACAUGUGCAGUGAAGUUUUAGUUGAGAUAUCACGCGGAGAACAAGAUUGGACAGAAGUCAGGGAAUGCCUUGUUCGAGCUUUUCAUCAUUAUUCUUUGUAUAAAUACUUGAUACCAAAUGAACAAACAAGACCAGAAUUUUUAAGAAGAUAUUUAGAAGCAAUAUAUGACGUCACUAUACGUAAAGGAAACUCAAUACUUUUAGUUGGAAGAUUGUCUGAAAAUAACACAAUUAUAGGAGGAGUUAUGGUUGUUCCUCCAUCUAAAGAAUAUGGAGGAUGGGAAUGUGAAAAAGCUGAUGAUUUUUACGAAGCUUAUGAAAAAUAUAAAUUGAGAGACAUCGAUCUUGAAGCAUUUGAAAGAAUGGAAAAAUAUGAAGAAUGGGAAUAUGAAAAUAUAUCAAAACAUGUUUGUUCAACUAAAGUACCGUUAUGGAAUGGAAUAUUUUGUGCGGUUGAUCCUAAAUAUUCAGGAAAAGGUUGUGGAAGUAUGAGUUAUAAUGAAUGCUUGAAAAUAAUAAAAAAUAUUCAAGAAAGCAAUAAAAAGAAACAACUUCAAAUUAAACACGAAGAAAAUACUGAAAUAAAAUCAAGAAAAUUAAUAAAGAGAUUGACAGAUUCAGAAAACUCACCAAUGCUCUUCAUGAUUAGUCACAGUAAACGAGCAGUUCGAUUUCACCUAAAGAAUGGUUUUCAGUCCGUUGCCGAUAUACCGUACUACGAUGAAAACACAUCGACUGAUCAAGAUAAUUCUCAAUUCAACGCUACUGUAUUGAUGAUGGAUCCUCUUAACGCUGAUAGAAUUGCUGAAUUUAGAAAAAAAAUGAAUUUUCCAACGAAGAGAACAAACAAUAUCGAAACUGGUUUACAAAUGACACAUAUUUCUGUAACAGCUGAAUCUCAUUUGAUACACAACAGCUCAAUUACUAGCAUAAUAAAUAUGUAUGGUCGCUUAAAAAUCACUAGAAAUAGAGGGUAAAUAAAAAAGUUAUCAAAUAAGGUAGUUUUCUUUAGAGUUACUUUGAGACAGGUACUAAAUAUUAAUACACUUCCAACGUGUCUCGUUGACUUAAAUUUGUUUUCAGUUGAAUAAUUAAAAAUACUGUGAGACUUUUAGCUCUGAAAAGUAUAUAUAUAUAAGUAAAAUGUCACACAAAACAAUCUUUUUUAAAUUAUUUAAUCUGUUUGUAAUGUUAUAUCAAAAAUUAGCAGCUGUGAAAUGUUCUUUUCCUUUCUCAUUUUUAUUUUUUAAAUGGGUGCUUUUUACAAAUUUG